AUGCCUACUUUCCCAUUCAAGAUACGCAACCCAGUGUUGGAUGCAAGAGCGGAAGGUGCCGAGCCAUCUGGUAAAGAAGGAUCGUCACAAGCGGCGCCGUUCAAGGUGCGUUCGAGCAUCGCAAUGCCCUUGGAAUCAGGUGUCGGUCGAGAAGAUGGGCAGCCAGAUGGUGUCCACGAUGUGAAGUUGUAG